AUGGAAGCCUCUCCUAUCCUUAUAGCCAUAGACUUUGGGACAGCAUUCAGCAGUUACUGCAUUAGUGUUAAUUCAGGUCAUGACACGUCAAAGAAAACCGAGAGAUAUGAAACUGAAACUGUUAUUCUUUUUAAUGAAAACCAAGAAUUUGAAAAGUUUGGUGUGGAAGCACUCACAGCUUAUACAAAGAUGACCUCUAGUGAAGCCUCCCGUUAUUAUUUUUUUCAGAAUUUCAAAAUGGAGCUGUACAAUCAGAAAAUCACAGAAAAUUUAAUGAUCUCCACAAUGGACAGUAAACAGCUCCCUGCCCUCAAAGUUUUCUCAGAAAGUUUACGCUAUCUGAAGGACCAUGCCUUGAAGGCUCUGAGUGAGACAGUGGCUGAAUCACUAGUUCUUCCUCAGGACGUGACUUGGGUGCUGACAGUACCUGCUAUCUGGGACAAUGCAGCCAAGGACUUCAUGAGACAAGCAGCCCAAAAGGCUGGAUUGAUACAAGACAUACUUUCAGAAAACCUUAUCCUUGCACUUGAGCCUGAAGCUGCGUCUGUGUGGUGCAAACAGCUGCCCACCUCUGGCUUCAUAGAAGAACAAGCCGGUAUACUCGACAAAUCAACAGUGCAGCAACAAGCAGGAGUGCAGUAUGUAGUUGUUGACUGUGGAGGUGGGACAGUCGAUAUAACUGUGCAUGAGGUGCUUGAUGAUGGAUCUCUAAAAGAGCUUCAGAAGGCAUCCGGAGGAGGGUGGGGAGGCUUUUCUGUAGACAGCAAGUUCACAGCCUUCCUAAGACAAAUUUUUGGUCCAGUCCUGUGGGAGAUAUAUAAGAAUGAACACCCUGCUGAGCUGCAAAAAAUGAUGCACACCUUUAGCAUUCAGAAAUGCACCGAAAAAGAAGACAUAUAUAUCGAAUGCCCACACAACUUAGCGAAAUUAGCUGCAAAGAACAAAGAUAUCUCUAGUUAUUUUAGUCAGUUGGAAGGUGCUUGUUGGACUGACGGGAAUAUUAAAAUUAGCUAUGAAAAACUGGCCAGCUUUUUCACUGAGAGUAUAAAAAAUAUUCUGGAGAAGAUAAAAGAAAUUUUGGACACACCAGAAAUUAGCAUUGAUUUCAUUCUGCUUGUCGGAGGCUAUGCCUCCAGCAGUUUAUUGAGAGAAGCAGUCAAGAGAGAAUUUGGCAGCCGAUAUAAAAUCCUGUGUCCAUAUGAAUCCCAACUGGCUGUUGCAAAGGGGGCAGUUAUUUUUGGUACUGACUCUAAGAUCAUUCAUUCCAGAGUCAGUGCUCUAACAUACGGCAUAAAUAUGAGUCGAAAAUAUGAUCCUCUAUUGCAUGACCCUAAAAAAAGAAGAGUUAAUAAAGCAGGAGAUUAUACUUAUUGCACUGGUCUUUUUUUAAAUCUAGUCAGUAAGGGUCAAUCUGUAGAGCAUGAUGAGGAUGCUCAAUAUACAUUUUUCCCAGUAGAUGAUGACCAAACUGAGGCAGGUUUCAGGUUUUUCUCUACUGAAAAGCUGAAUGCUAUUUAUAUUGAUGAGCCAGGAUUGAAAGAAAUUGGCUCCUUUGUUUUACCCAUGCCUGAUAUUAGACUGGGCACAAAUCGUGAAAUCCAUUUGAAGAUUAAAUUCGGUCUAACAGAAAUCAAGGCAAAUGCUAUCGACACAUCUUCUGGAGAGGUGCAAAAAAUCAAAUUAAAAUUUAUGUCAGAAUAAAUCAAAAUUAGAAAGCAGUAAUUACUUAUAUAUAGUAACUUGAGUUAAACUGUGAUUUAAUAGAAAAAUUGACAGUUAGGUAUGGAAAAAAGAGAACUGAAAUUUUAGACCACUGAUAUUCACUUUAAACAUGAAAUGCAUCCUAAUGAAGUCUUUAUUCCAGCAAGCAGAGAGAACUGAACUGAAACAGAGCAAAAAUAACAACUUAAAAAUGCAAGCCAAUAUGACUAAACCUAGAUUCAUCCCACCAUUGUAGAAAGGUGUCAUACCCAAUUAGUUCAGAUAGUCUAGAAAAGUUUAGUUUUGUUUCAGAAUUUGUAUUUUAUAGCAAUGAGUCACAAUUUAAAUUCUUCGGAAAGUUCAGACAUAGAGGUCACAGUCCUGACCACUGUGCCAAGACUAAAUUAAGCAGCAUUCAUUUCAAUGUUAUGUAAUGUGUAGUUCCUCGGGUUUGUGAUAAGGUCAGCAUACGCAGAUUGUAAUACCAGUAAUUCUUCAGUUUACCAAUCUACCAAGCACACUUGUUAUGGAACUGAAAUUAGGUGAACUUAGCCAGUACCAGCAGUUUAUGUUUCAUACUUUGUGAAGCCACUCUCUAUAGAGCAUAGCAUGUGUGCCCGAGGAAAUCUUUUAUCAAAAUCUUUGGACAAGUCACUGUGUUUUAUGGCAAGCAGUACAGGGUAAUCAUUAUUCCAAGGCUACAUUUUGUUGGGAUAUGCAAACAAUAUAGAGACAGAGAUAGGGAUAGUAUCAUAAAUUAAUUAACAUGGCUUCAUUUAUCCAUACCAGAUACAGAGACAAGAAUUUACAGUCACACAUUCAUUCAUCACAUGCAUACCUUGAGUUUUCAAUUGACCUAAAGGAUAAACUCAGUAUUUUUCAAGUCAAAUUUAUUUUUUCACAAUCAUGAUGAAUAUUAUUUUGCCACAUGGAAUUGCAAUCUAAAGUGAAGCAUGUUUUAAAAUUCUAAAACAAUGACAAGCGCUGGGUUGAAUUAUAUAAAGUAAGUAAUACAUUCCAGAGUCCUAUUGUAAAAUAAUCCUUAAAACAUAGUGAAUAUAUCCACGUUGCAGUAGCAAGGGUUUGGUUUAAGGAAACCUGCCCUUGUGUUUCUGAGACAGGCUUGUGAUGACAAUAGUAAACUUAAAAUAGUUCUUUUUAUCCUAGAUUUUUGUUAGUAUUUUCUCAAGGUAAGAAUAUGUUUCUUGAUUUCAUGUCGGCCACCCUUCUAGACUCAUCCCCCAUUUGGUAAGCUAUAUUCUGCUUAUAAUCCUACUUUUGCUUCUGCAGUUCUGUUUCUUCAGUAAUUAUGCUCUGCUAUGACAUGUAACAACAGACAGAUGCAUGCUCACAUCACAUGAUUAUUUUUUGAUAAACAGCAGUAACUUUUCACCCAUUUCAUUCUGCAUUAUUUUACAUAGCCUAUGUGACUUUUUUCACACCAAAUGGCAGUGUAGUGAAAAGAGCAGAAACAAUCACAUAAUUUACUGGACUUGUAAAAAUAACAAUAAAUAAGAACUUAACUGAUUACAAUGCGUUGUAUUUUUAAUGAAAGCCUUAUAUGUCUGAAAGAGCCAAGCCUCCUGCGAGUUGUAGGUUCCAUGGUGUAUUGUGCACACACACAUUAAGAAAAUAGUCAGAAAAUGAAAAAAGCAAAGUAUGUGAUAGAGCAGAUUGAAACCUUGCAAACCUGUUCUCGAAUUUUUUAAUAUAUGAUCAGUCACUCUUGCUAAGGAUAUAGUUAAAAGAAAUUAGAAUAAUGUUUUUAAGUGAAUAAUUUCACUGACACUCACUGAUACCAAUUAAUUCAUAAACACACAGGGAAAACAGAUAAGACUCCAUGCAGGCACCAGUGCCAUGAGGCAGGAAUGACAGCUCUACGCUACCACUCUGCCUUUGGUACACCAUCUGUACUAAACUUUGCAGACUUCAGACUACGUGGGUGAAUUGUCAUGGCAUGGCUAAAGUGGCUCAAGUUUGUGUGUGUGUGUGUGUUU